CUACUCCAAAUCCUCCAUUAAAAAAUGGGGCACAGUGCAGGGGGGAUGGGUGACUUGAGCGAGCGAGCCACCAUUGGUACAGUCUGCAGCUGAAAGGAAGGGGAGGGAGGCCGAGUAGUUCACACCCAACCGGGAACGAGAGGCCUUAAUAAAAUACUCUACCCCGUCCCCCGUCCCACAGGUUAUAUAAGGUCAUCGGUGCAAAGGAAAGGGACCAAUACCACAUCGCCGGCUGACCUCUCCCUCUCCCUCGACCUCGACCUCGACCUCUCCCAAGGAUUCGGGUUGGUGGCUGAGCUUGAGGAAGCAGUUUGCUGCAGUCUUUGGCUUUGGGGCGGCGAGCGAGCGAGUGAUUUUUAGUAUCGGCGAAUGGCGACUCAGUGGUUCUCCAAUAUGGUGAUGGACGAGCCGAGUUUCUUCCACCAGUGGCAGACGGACGCGACGCUGGAGCAGUACACGGAGCAGCAGAUCGCCGUGGCCUUCGGGCAGGGGGAGAUGGAGGCGGCGCUGAUGCAGCAGCAGUACGCGGCGGCGGCGGUCGGUGAGCACCGGCCGCGCAAGGCGGCCAAGGUCAACACCAGCUGGGACUCGUGCGUCACGGAGCAGGGCUCCCCCGCCGACUCCUCCUCUCCGACCAUCCUCUCCUUCGGCGGCCACGCCGACGCGUUCGCCAAGGCGCCGCAGGCCGGGAGCGCCGCCGCCUACUACGGCGCCGCCUCCGCUCCUGUGGCGCCCGUGAAGCCCAAGCAGGAGGUCGACGCGGCGGCCGUGGUGGCGCCGUUCCAGCAGGUGAAGCGGAGCUACGACGCCAUGGUCGCCGAGCCCGCCAGAGCGCCCUCCCGGCCGGCCGCCCAGAACCAGGACCACAUCCUCGCCGAGCGGAAGCGGCGGGAGAAGCUCAGCGAGCGGUUCAUCGCGCUGUCCAAGAUCGUCCCGGGGCUCAAGAAGAUGGACAAGGCGUCGGUGCUGGGCGACGCGAUCAAGUACGUCAAGACGCUGCAGGAGCAGGUGAAGGGCAUGGAGGAGGUGGCCCGGAGGCGGCCGGUGGAGUCGGCGGUGCUGGUCAAGAAGUCCCAGCUCGCCGCCGACGAGGACGACGGGUCGUCCUGCGACGAGAACUUCGAGGGCGCCGACGCCGGGCUGCCGGAGAUCGAGGCCCGGAUGUCGGACCGCACGGUGCUCGUCAAGAUCCACUGCGAGAACCGCAGGGGCGUCCUCGUCGCCGCGCUGUCCGAGCUCGAGAGCAUGGACCUCACCAUCAUGAACACCAAUGUGCUCCCCUUCACCACCUCCUCCAUCGACAUCACCAUCAUGGCCACGGCCGGUGAGCACUUCUCGUUGUCUGUUAAGGACAUCGUCAGGAAGCUACAUCAAGCGUUCAAGUCGUCGCCAUGAAGGGCUUGCUCCUCCUGAUCAAGUCUAAUUUAGAUCUUUGCCUUCAGUUUCCCUACUCUUUUUUUGUCAUUAGCCUCGAGGAUUUGAGGCUAAUGGGUCAUAGGUUCUUCCCAGCUGGUGCUUCUGAUGACAGUUCCCUUGCAGUCCCCCACACGGUGCCCCUCAAAGAUAGCCAUUUCCCACCUUUUUUGCCUCAUGGGUGCAGCAAAACCACUAGUUAAUUGUUACUUCUACCCUCUCCUUUUUUUUGCAUGGUUUGGUAUCAAUCACUCCAUGUUCAUGGGAGAGAGUAGAGUGAGAAAAAAAAUGAGACCUGUCUUUUUCUAGGGCUAGUUACCAAGGGGAGUUUGAAUUUUACAAAAACCCAUUUUUCAUUUCUUCCCUUUACAAAUAUCGCCCUUUUCAUCCUGUUUUUUUUUUCGACGAGAGGCCGGAUCGAGUUUUUUCAAACCCAAACACCUACCUUUGCCGUCCUCUCAAAUCCCACCAUGCUGUUUCCCAAAAGGCUUCAAAUAUCUGUGGACAAAAAUGGCGUCUUCUUUUUUUCGGCAUCGAAGGGGACUUUUGCAAGCCUUGAUUCAGAAGUGCAGUAGUGUGCCUGUUUUUCAGGGGUAGUGCAAGCUGGUUGGCCCAAGCAGCUUGGAUGAACCCCUUUGCUUGUAGUUUUUCUUAUGGGUUUUGUUGUAACAGGAUCAAGAUUGUAGCUCUGUACCCUCUUGUUUGCUUGCAUACAAGUAUAAAGAAUAAAUGAAUAUGCUCGGUUGUUAACUUGA